AUGUCAUUAGAUUACGAAAUUUAUAAAGAAGGUGGUAUUCUAAAUGAUAGAUACCAAAAAAUUGAAGAUAUUAGUGAAGGUUCAUACGGUUAUGUCUCUUUAGCAAAAGAUACUAAAGAAAAAAAAUUGGUUGCUAUAAAAUAUAUAUUCAAAUUAGAUCCCGAUCAACGAGAUGAAUACGACAAUGAUGAUUGUGACCGUGACCAUAACGAUUGUUCUAGUUUGGAAAAGAAACAAAACUAUCUCGACCAUAAACAAUCCUUAAUCUCUCCUAACGUCAGAUCAAGAUUAACUGAUGAUAUUUGCUUGGAGGCGAUGUAUGAAGUGGAUAUUCAAACUAAAAUUGGUAGACAUAAAAAUAUAGUUGCACUUUUAGAUUUCUUCGAUUCUUAUAUCAUUAUGGAGUAUUGUUCAGGUGGUGAUCUUUAUGAAGCUAUUAAGGAUGAUAUCUUACCAAGAAAGACUAAACCUAUCACCCAUAUCAUAUCUCAAAUUAUGGAUGCCAUAGAAUUCGUUCAUAAUAAGGGGAUUUAUCAUAGAGAUAUUAAACCUGAAAAUAUCUUAAUUACAGGGAUCGAUUGGACAAUUAAAUUGACUGAUUGGGGGUUAGCAACUACUGAUAAAACCUCAUUUGAUCGUUCUGUAGGUAGUGAAAGAUAUAUGGCUCCAGAAUUAUUCGAAUCAAAUUUGGAUUUAGAUGAAAGGAAAGAACCUUACUCUUGUGAUAAAGUCGACUUAUGGGCUAUGGGAAUUGUGUUUUUGAAUAUUGUUUUCCAUAAAAAUCCAUUCAGUGUGGCAAAUCAAUCUGAUAAAUCAUUUUGUUAUUUUGCUGCCAAUAGGGAAGCUUUAUUUGAUGUCUUUUCAACAAUGACCUAUGAUUUUUUCCAAGUGUUAAGGUACAGUUUGACAAUCGAUCCAACAAAUCGUGAUUUGAAAAAAAUGAGAAUGGAAUUAUUGAAUUUAUCAGAAUAUACCCUUGAUGAUGAAUAUUAUAACUCUAUUGAAGAAGGUGGUUAUGAAACGGAAAUAUCAGAUGUCACCACUACUACAUCGACUCCAUUACCUCCUAUCCCACCAUCCUCUGCACCAGUUGGAUUACCUACUCCAGUUUCAUCUACUACAAAAGUACCAGAAUUCAAGAAUGUAUUCACACCAGGGGAAGUCAAAAAUAACGAAAAUAAUACCUCAAGUAAUAAUUUCUCCACUGUGGAAAGUACCUCAACUGCAGUAGGUUCCAAUUCUACAUCAAACUCCAAAAAUACUGAUUAUGACGAUAAUAAUAAUAAUAACAAUAAUGAUAACAAUACCAAUAAACUCAACAGUAGUUCUGCUAAUAAAAAUGAACCAAACUUUAAGAAACCAUUUGAAAUUCCACAAUUUAAUAUUCUGCAUCAUAAAAACGAUAGUACUAAGAGUAAUAAUAGUUCAAACAGUGUAUAUAGUAAAAACUCACACUAUCAUAAUUAUCAUAACUAUAAUAACGAAUACAAUACUAAAUUUAAUCCAAAUAGAAGGGAAUCAUAUAACGUUGGUUAUACUUCCAAAGAAAGAGCCAAAUCGACACCAAAAUUCAAGUUCCAAAAACGUCGUCGUAAUUCAAAGAAAAAUUAUAAUAAUCAUUCAAAGGCAAAUCCAAUUAAAAUUGAAAAUAGGAAUAGAAGUAAAAUUCUUAAGAAUUCAAGGAAACCUUUGGGUAUACCUACACCAAAUACUCAUAUUAAUAAUUUCUUUCAUGAAUAUAAAGCUUCUAAGCAAGACUCGGAUCAUUUUAACACAAGAGAUUUUUUCACUCCACCAAGUAUUCAAAAUAGAUAUAUGGAAGGUAUUUUCAAUAGUAAACAAUAUAAACAGCAUCGUCCGUAUAAUAAUAAGAUUUGGAACAAGAAUUUCAUGACUAAUAAUAAUACUGCAAGCAUCACCAAUUCUACCACAGGUAAUAUCAACAAUAACGGUAAUAGUUAUAAACAACCCUCUGGAUAUGGUAAAUUUAGAAGACCAAGCACAACAGGCAGUUCAUAUUACGCCAAUAAUAAUAGUAAAUCUCCAAUGAAUAGAUUAAGUUUUAGUUCUCAUACCCCUUCUGGAAGUUAUGGUAGACGAGGUUCCGCAACUACAAUGCCUUCUACAGUACUUCAACAUUCACCAGGUAGUUAUGUUCCACCAAGCUUAAGAAAUAAUAGAUUUAAUGGUACAACAGCAUCAACUCAAUUUUUAUCAGUUUCCCCGAAUAUUCCAACUAUUUCCUCUGUUUUAGAUGAAUCCAAUUCCUUUGUGCCCAAAUCUACUAAUACUAGUUCAAAUGUUAAUUAUAAACAACCGCAGCCACAAAAAUAUCAACAACCAAAUUCAUUAAUUAGUAGCGAUUUGGAAGAUCAUGAUUCAGAUGAAGUUUUAUUUACAUUAGAUGAAAAUGAAAAUGAUUUUGUACAAAAUAUGAACAAUUUAACGUUAGACGAUGAUAGGGAUACUCAUCAUGUUCAAAAUACGACCACGCACAAUAACAAUAACAACAAUAAUCAUACUAUAGAUGAACAUAGUUCAAUUAAUAAUGGCACAAACCCGCUGUUAUUACAAAGGUCACAACAAGAACCACAACAUCAAAACAUCACACAUUAUCAAAAAUCCCCGAGGUUAUCUCAAUCACAUAAUAAUAACUAUGUGAAUUCCAAUGAUGAAGAAUUACCAGAUUUACUGAGGUCACCUAUGGCUCAAAACGCUCAAUUAAAUUCAUAUACUAUGCCAUCAAUGUAUGAACAACGACGUCAACAACAACAACCAUCAUCAUCAUCUAUGCUGAAUUAUAAUUCGAAUAAUAAUAAUACUACCACAUUAAACAAUCCAUUAUUACAACCUGUUCAUAACAGACGAACAUCAUCUCCAUUAACUCAUGAAGUUCAAAUAAACGAAAGUGAAGAAGAUGGAUUCAUUAAUGACAUUAAGAGGAAGACGAAAAUGGGUGUAUAUGUUCCACCACAUCAUAGAAGAAGUUUUAAUAAUAGUGAAAUGAAAUCAGGUAAUAUAUUGAAUCAAACAGAUUCCAUGUCUAAAUCAUUAGGAACUAGCAAUGGAGCAACUUUAUCUGUGUCACAUAAUACUAUGAUGUUUAGUAGUGGUGGUGAUGAUAGAGUUAGUCCUCGUGGAAGUUCAAUCAAGUACGAUAAUAAUAAUAAUAGGAUUGGUAUGUUAAGUUCUAGUUUCCAUAAGCCGUUUAUUCCAUAUCAUAGUAGAAAUGCAGCGAACGAUAAUAGUAAUAAUAAUAAUAAUGAUAAUAUUGGUGAUAAAAAGAAGAUAGAGGAGGAAGUCAAGAAUAUUAAUGUUGACGAUGGUAAUACCACAGCGAUCCAGGAUGAUGAUGUGUUUGCAAAUUCUUAUAAUGAUGCUUUGAUUUUUGAAGAUGAUGAAGAUGAUUUUGUCGAAGAAUAUUAUAAGAAUAAUGCUAAUGAAAGAUCUAUGUUUGGUCCUUAUGAGAUUUAUAAUGAUAAUAUUCAAUCAAUGCAAGAUGAGGAUGAUGAGGAUGAGGUAGAAGAUCAAGAUGAAGAUGACGAUGGAGACAAUGCUGUUGAAAAUGAUGUUCAUGUUCGUCGUGACCAUAAAGACUUGGAUACACUAAGUAACAAAUCUGCUACUACGACUGCUGCUGGAAAGAGGAAAUCUAGUAUUUUACAUGAAGGAGUUGUUGGUUCAUUAGAACAAUAUAAAAAUAAUUGGUUAAUGUUGCAACAGCAACAGGAUUGA